UUGGUUCUUUGAAAUCUUUGUGCUGAUAUUCAAGUCGUGCUUGGUGAUCCAAAAACCCUCAAUUACAACGUGUUUUCUCGCUUUGCCUUUGAAAAGUUAUAUCUAACAGUAAUUCAAAAUGGCUGAUGUGGCUGAGCAAAAGAAUGAGACCGCGGUUGUCGAGAAGGUCGCAGCUGAGGAAGUUGAUGCUGUAAAGAAAGAUGCAGUUGCCGCCGAGGAGCUGGCAGCUGAGAAGGCAAGCACUGCAGAAAACGGUGCCGCCGAAGAGGAGAGCGUAGCCAAGGAGAACGGAGCCGCCGACAGCAGCGCGUCCGAGCCCACUGACGCAGUCGAUGGUGAAAAGAGGUCUGAGCCUACUGUUUCUUUUGCCGCCGAUAAGGAUGAGAAGAAGGACGAGGAUAAAAAAGAGGAUUCCGCUGCCGAGGGGGAGGACACCAAAAAAGAGAGCAGCGAAGCUGUUCCACCUGCUGUUGAGAAUGGCUCCGAGGAGGUCACCAACGGUGACUCAACAGACGCUUCCGCCAUUGAGGCUGUAAAGCGGAAGGUGGAUGAGGCUACAGCCAAGGCCGACGAGGCCGUCGCCACGCCGGAGAAAAAGGCUAAGCUUGAUGAGGCCAGCACAAAGGAUGAGGUGCAGAAUGGGCCCGAGGCUAGCGAAGUGGCCGCCUAAGGGAAUCGCCCGCGGAGCAGCACACUCAGUAAUCUACUUAUUAAAUACUUACUAACACAACAAAAAAGCAAAUCACACAAAUUACGGUUCUACCGCCAGGAAUCUGCACUGUAUCCAUUUUCCGCUUUUGGGAGCGGGUGAUACGUGGGUGGCGGGCGCAAUUCUCCAAUAACAAUCCUGCAAUGGGAGCGUAGUUUUAUAGCGUACCGGUUCUCCUCUCUCUCUUCUCUACUAACGAACAACCUACCAACCAACAAUACCGGCAAAAAACGAAAAAAAAUCCAUUAUUAUUUAAAAACUUACUUAAAAUCUUAACUUUAAAGCAAAGUAUAUAUAUAUAAAGCAAAGGAUUAAGAGAACAAUAUUAAGCGAAAUUAAGAUGCGAGAUCCUCUAUGUUUUUAAGAAUAAAAGUUGUAAACAAAAGCGUCAAAUUUAUUAAUUGUAAAAAAAUACGAAGCGAAUGAAACAAAUUGCAAACAAAAUCUUUAACUAAGAAAAACAUCAAAACAUUACAGCAAAAAUAACAUGUAAUUCUUUACAAUUUUUAAUUUUACAACCGUAUCUUAUUUUUGAGUAUGAAUAUUUAUAUCGAACAAGCUAAAACUAAAAAUUCAUUAAAAUGUAACAAAAAGCUGCCAGCAACACCCCCAGAAAAAUGUAUGCCAACCGGCUAAAAAAAAUAAUACCACAUAGAAACAAUAAAAAGUACGAAAAACAACUUUUACAGCAA